CAAGUUACAUUUACAAGUUAGAUACUGCUUCAAUUCGAUCGUUGCUAGAAAGUUGCGACCACGACAUUGGUCGCGGAGGCGUGAAAAAGUUUUAACCGAAUCAAUCAAGUGGGAGGGACACGUUCUUCAUCAUCAACCUAUUAAUCAAACCCACUCUUCUCGGUCACGAAAGUCUUGGAAGCUUUCCCUGAUUUCGAGCGACGAUGGACAGAUCGGCGUCGGUGGGUAUCAAGGACGGCCGAUUUGGUGGCAACCACUUGUAUUCUCCAUCAUUUUCUUCUUCAUCUUCCAUGAGACAUGUCAAUUACAGUUGUGGAUCUUGUGGGUACGAGCUGAACUUGAGCUCCACCAAUCGAAUUACAUCAUCAAUUGGAUCAAAGUAUGGGAAAUCCAUGAAGACUGGAAUCAUAUCCUUCUUCAACAUUGACGAGGGAAGAUUCAGCCAGAUUGAUGAGUUCCAAUGCAUGCCACACUUCUCCAGAUACUCUUUGGGUUUGUUCAGACGCAAGACUAAGCUUCUCUGUCGCCAAUGUAAUAACUAUAUCGGCAAUGCUUCUUAUGACAAGGCCCCUCCUGAGUACGCACUCGUAACACAAAACUCAUCGCCCAGGAAGGGUGUCACUGACACUGUUACCAAGUAUGAUAUCAGAAUUCGUGCGCUUCAACCUUCUUCCGCUGUUGCUUCUCUGUGAGUGAGUGUGUUUCUUCUACAACUGUAUAUUGUAGAAAUUCUUCAAAGUAUCAGAUUUAGAUCUUCACGAAGCGCUUCUGUAUCCGUACUGUUUUCAUGAGGUGGGUUUGGCUUUUUCUUUCUUUCUCAAAUUGUAUAGUAAUUCAACAAUUUGCCUUUUUUUUUGUUUCUGAGAAUUUUGAGGUUAAAUAUGAAUUUCACUUGCUCAUGUUCAUCAUGUAUGUAUACCAAAAUCUUAGAACAUCAUUUUGUAAUAACAUCACUUCAUUACA